CGCACUCCGGCCACCUCAUCCAUCACCACAGCCGCAGCAUCACCAGCACCCCGGCCUUCCAUUCCCCUUUCCUGCCACCAGCUACCUGAGACAGAUUGCAAUGGCGACAGAGGUGGCUGCCCCUGAGGUCCAGGCUCCCGAGGUCGAGUCGCCGGCCGCCGCCGCCGCCCCUGAGGUGGCCGAGAAGAAGGCCGCCAAGCCGGCCAAGGCCAAGAAGGAGCCCAAGGCCAAGAAGGCCGCCGGCACCGCCAAGCCCCGCCCCGCCGCCGCCCACCCGUCCUACGCCGAGAUGAUCGUGGAGGCGAUCGCGGCGCUCAAGGAGAGAGGCGGAUCCAGCUCGGUGGCCAUCUCCAAGCACGUUGAGUCCAAGUACGGCGCCAAGCUGCCGGCCAACUUCAAGAAGCUCAUCUCCGGCAACCUCAAGAGGCUCAUCGCCGCCGGCAAGCUGACCAAGGUCAAGAACUCCUUCAAGCUGCCCGCUGCUGCGCCCGCCGCCGCCAAGCCCAAGGGCAAGGUCGGCAGGCCAGCUGGGAAGUCCGCCGCGAAGCCCAAGGCCGCGAAGCCGGCCAAGAAGGCAGCUAAGGCCACCAAGGCCAAGGCGUCUCCCAAGCCAAAAGCCAAGGCUACCGUCGCCAAGACCAAGGCCGCUGCUCCGGCCAAGCCCAGGGGACGCCCUGCCAAGGCAGCCAAGACCUCUGCCAAGGACGCGCCCGGCAAGAAGAAGGCGCCUGCUGCUGCUGCCAAGAAGGCGGCCACGCCCGUGAAGAAGGCCGCCACCCCCAAGAAGAAGGCUGCCACCCCCAAGAAGAAGGCGGCGACGCCCAAGAAGGCUGCAGCCCCCUCGAAGAAGUCUGCACCCAGGAAGGCCAAGAAGUAGACACCGGCGGCGGCUCCUGCUUGCCUCCCUGCCUCGUAGCUUGCUCCCCCUUAUUUUCGCUUUACAUCUUGUAGUUGGUGGCCAGUAUCCACCAUUAGUAGAUCGUCUUGAAUCCUCAUGUGUUAGGAAGUGUCAUCCUGUAAAUCCGAUCCGUGCUUUCGCCGGUUCGAUCGUUCGCAGUGCUAUAUUCCAAUCUAUAAUACAAUGUUCCGUGUUAUGCAAAAA